UUUAACUCCAAAAAAAAAAAAAAAAAAAAAAAAUGUCAUGGCUCGCUCGCUCCCUCGGUGACUCUCUACGUCUCAACGACGACGGCGACGCCGUACCCCACGACAACGACAAUGGAUCACCAACCCCACCCAGCGCUGACAGCGACGUCGUUCGAAGAAGAAGCGAAAUUGAAUCUUCAGAUGAGGAAAACGAAGACGAGGACGACCAAACCCGAGGCGUGAGGGAAGAUUUGGACGAAUUCAAGCAGACGCUGACCCGCCAAUUCUGGGGCGUCGCGUCGUUCCUCGCUCCGCCGCCUCCCCCUCCGCCACCUCCGUACCCUUCAUUGCCGUCCAGUAAUCGAUCGGAUCCUCCUGACAUGGAUCGAUCCGAGCCGCCCGAUCAAUCGGCGAUGGAUUUUGAUGAAGGUGAAGAGAAAGAGGAGGAAUUGGAGGGGGAUUGCGCCGUUGGGGUCACGGAGGAGGUAUUGGCGUUCGCCAGGAACAUCGCGAUGCAUCCGGAGACGUGGCUGGACUUUCCUCUCGACGAGGAGGAGGAUUUGGGCGAUUUUGACUUGUCUGAUGCCCAGCAAGAGCAUGCUAUGGUGAUUGAACAUCUUGCGCCAAGAUUUGCUGCUUUGAGAUUUGAACUGUGUCCGUGCCAUAUGAGGGAGAGUUACUUCUGGAAAGUCUAUUUUGUUCUUCUGCAUUCGAGGCUCAAUAAGCAGGAUGCCGAAGUCUUAUCUACACCCCAAGUAAUGGAAGCCAGAGCAAAGUGGAUGCAGGAGCUACAUUGUCAGACUGCAUUAGAACAUGGUCAAUUUGGAAGAAACACUUCUUUUAUAAAAGACAGUUCCAAUAUACUAGAUGAAGAUUGUGCUCUGGUCUCAUCAUGUAGUGUUUAUUACGAGGACAAGAUGCUAAGGACGUAUCCUUAUGAAUCAAGGAUGUCCCCCACGGCUUAUGAGACUGACAAGCACCCAGGUGAGAGUGAUGAAGUCCCAUUUAUUGACAAGUCUGUUAUUGAAGAAAAGCCCAUCAUUAAGAGCGAGGACAAGAAUCUAACAGUUGGUCCAUCCUCGAAGAUGCUAGAUAAUAUCGACGAAGAUGAUGACGAUGAUGACUGGCCAGAGGAAGAUUCUGAAUUAGAUGGGUAUAGUGGAACGGCUAUUUACGCGAUCAAUGAAGAAGACAUAUCUUUCAGUGACCUAGAGGACGAUGAUUUCCUUGCUCCCACAAAACUCAAGACUGUCAAGAAACCUCAUGGAAAGAAAGGUUAACCAUCGGCGCAUGCUCUGCUCAUCGGAUAGAAGAUGGCGCUUCAAGUCAACGGAUGAACUGGUAGUGGCUAAAUGGCUUGCAAAAGUACGCUGUCGUGUAGUCCUGAGCCGGGACUCUUCUAAAUGCUUGCUGAUUGUCCUACUGAGUAGUCCCACGCUGGGACUCAAGCCUCUGGUGAUGAUGCUAUUUGUUCUAAUACGAAAUUGUACAUGAUAUGUUGAUUUCUUGUGGUCCAAGUUUUUACAGAAAAGUAUAUGUUUGAUUGGUUGUGAUACAAUUGUAAUAUCACUGUUGUUCCAGUGUGAAAGAGAGAGAGAGAGAGAGGGUACAAGGGUCAUUUCACCAAUGAAGUGUCCUGGAAAGGAAAUAUGCAGAGUAGAUUCUGUGACCACAUCAAUACAAGAAUUUUGUCUUUCCUGUCAUA